AUGGGUGUCACACCCGUGAAGAAAACCCCGUCCAAGACGGGCCGCUCUCCAGCGCAGGAUCGCCGCUCCCAAUCAAAAGCCUUCAAGGACAGCGAUUCCGCCGCCACUUUAGUACAGCGAACUCCGAAUCAUACCAGAGACUCAUCUUAUUCGCACACCCUCCCGACAGAUGAGCAGAAACGCAACAAUGGUCGAGUGGUUGGCCGCAGCCUCAUCAUGUGGGGACGACCCCGAAUGGCCGAAAAGCUACUAUUGCAUCUUCACUUCGAAUGUACCAGACACAAAAUUGUUCUGCCCUGGGAUUCUAUCGCCCACCGCCUCCACCCUGGCUCCUCCGGGGCUGCCAUUGUGCAGCACCUGAAUCGCGUGAGGAAGGAGUUGAUAAGAGAGGGACACCUUGUGCCCCCAGUCUGUCAAAAGCCAAGCUCCAACUCUGGUGUUGACCCAAGUAUUCGCGGAUUUGUGCGUCUUGACCCGGACGGCGAAGAUAAAGACACCACUCGCCCUGUUCGCUUCGACGAAAAGUACGAUGACCUGAGGUUCAACCUCCCAGACUCUUUCCAGCAUUCUGGCGAUGAAGACGAUUUCACACCGGAAUCGCCCAGUCCCACGCGCAUGCCACAGCCGCGAUUCUUCAGUGGUCCCCCUAGCACCACCGAUGAGUCUGUUACCAAUAGCCUUCGCCGAUUUGAGCAGAGUUGGUCUCCCCAAAGCAGUUUCUGCUCUCCCACCAGGCAGCAGAGAUCUGAAAUCGACGAGCUGGAGAACCCUCUCUUGACUCGAUCCUUCGACACUGUCACGUCGGUUGGAUCUGCGCCUACCUCAGCACCCAGCACACACGGCCAAUGGCAAGAAGCUCCAUGGCCUCAAUAUUCUCCGAUGGGUGUCUACCCAUAUGUCAAACAGCACUCGGGCUUCCAUACCUCAUUCUCUGGCUACUUCACCAUGCCGACAAAUUACUCCAUGUUUUCGACUGAAGAGUCUUUUGCUGCGCACCCGGAAGAGCAUGGGAUGCCGACCAACUGCUCACAAAUCCUGGGAGAAUUAAAACAGGAAGAUGAUUCGCCUGCCAUGACAGUGAACGAGAAUUUCGACGAAGCCUGCCAAGUCGGAGAUAUUCAUGACAACGCGGCGAUGACGGGAAGCUUCUGA